CAGCGCUGGCUGCUCAGAAAAGGUACCGCUCAGUUCGAAAGGAGCAGCAGGUGAAACAAGAUUCACAACGAAAACGAAAUACCCUACCAUGAAACCACAACAGCUUCUGGCAGCAGCUGCCUGCCUGGGUGUGGUCCUCAUCCUGGGGACACAAGCACAGGAGAACGCAAUGCUGCAGAUUCCCCCCUCACUGAUCGAGUGCUACAACACGUCGUACUUCAUGAAUCGGGAUAAUCGCCUUCCGGCCAACAUGGACACGCUCAUCUCGCUUAUCGAGAAGGUGGAAAACAGCUACGCCGCCACUUCAGGUGUCCAAGCCGACAUCCGCACCGUGGCAGUGUCCUUGUUGCAUCGCUUUCGUCAGGACGGCAUAAGAAAGGCGGCGGGAAUCAAUGUCGUUGAUGGCGUCAUACCGUACAGUCCGACAGGCUUUCAGUUUCCCAAAUUUAAAAUUCUGCUGUCACGGCUGAUUCCGGGCAAUGCCAACAGCUUCCCCAACAGUUCUCUAACCAGCGUUGAGCGGUGCUCCCUUCACUUCAUGCUGUCGAGUACUUUUGACACCAGACCGCGUGGCGAUGAAAACACCGUGUGCAACCAGCUUUCCCAGUACCGGGCCCAGCGACUGCCGCGGUCCCUAAAGACUGAUUACGAAAACAACUUCAUAGGCGAUGUUGAAUUGCUGGAGUCCCGCGCGAAACGAGGACGGAUGUCCUCCGCCCCCAUGUCUAAGUCCGAACAGUACGGCGAACUGGACUACGAAUCCGACUGGGCCUACGCCGGCACGGAAAUCAGCCAGUGCCCCGUUGAAGAUGGCCUUGUUCGGACGCGCUGGGGAACUGUAUCAGCAGGCACUGUGAUUGCCGGCAUCGCCGCUGGUGUUCAGCAGCAAUCAGUCCAGGUGAACACCCUGCUGGCUCUUGCCUCCCAGCGACGAGCACGUGGUCGCACCAUGUCCCAGACAACCAACUCCAUUGACAACAGGUGGGCCGCGACUCUGGCCGGGGAUUUGGCUGAGGUCGCGUUGGUCCAGCUUCCGGGGUCGAGCAGUGCGGCUUCUGUCGGAGCUACUGGCGGAUGGAAUGACACAGUUCUGCCCCACUGGUACUUCCUGUCGCAGCGCAACAGCCUUGAGGCAACUGACGCCGAGAUCCGCGGCGGACUUGAUGGCCUGAUUCUGGCGAAGAACGUGGCCACUUGGAGAACUCAGGCAUCGAGCCUCAAGCUUUCCCAAUUGCUACGCAUGUACUACUCCACAAACGGAGUCCUCAGUUCCGGAAUAAAUGCAUGCAGCAGGCAGAGCCAGUUCACGAAUGUGGCACCAUCGCAGGAAAUGGAGGACCAGACGAGCGCCUUUGCCCAGGUUCUGGAUCGGGAGAUGCAGCUGAAAGUCACAUUACAGCAGUCCGCUAUUCCGCAAUUUGCCGGUAACGCCACCGUAGCACUGGUGACGUAUGUGCCGCAAUCCUUGAACGACGUGUCCUGCACGGCGACCACCAAUCAGGACUUGACGGACGUCAUAACUCCGAUGACCAACCUGUACAUUUUCUUGGAUACCUCCUGGCAGUACAGCACCAUUGUUGACUAUGUGGCGUAUGUCAUCCAGCAGUUGAAUAUCCAUCCCUAUGCCAGCACAGUCACCAUGCUCUCGGCACAAGACGGGUCCGUCAUCGUGAACACCACCAACUACAUCACGGAUGUCUACCAGCAAUGGAACGUCACAACGCAUGCCACAUAUACGCAAGGAUUCAGCCUGCCCAAUGUGCUGCGAACCAUUCAGAACCUUACCCAGAACCUUAUGAAUGUGGAAAAGACCAAUUCGAGCUUGAGUGGUCACUCCCUGGUAGCUCUAAUCAUUCCCAAUCAGCAAACCGUCAAUGACGGCGACUCCAGCUACGCCACUACGGAAAUCCAGUACAUUCAGGAGCAGAUUCCGGACUUGCGCUUUAUUUACUACGGCGGAGGAAGCAUCCAGAGGUUUUCGAGCUUCGUCCGCGAUCCCUCCCAGGAUCUGUUCUCCCUUACAGUGGGCAGUACCGCGGCUACCUCGGCGGGACCUGUGGCAAAGCGCAUUAUCCAGAUUCCUCGACGCGUUAUCAACCCCCGUUGUGGGUCGACCUGGUACACCAACAGCUGGGGCACUGACCAAACAGCCCAGUUCGUGGGGCCCGGCAAGGUCAACUUCUACCGAGUCUCUGCUAACUAUUUCUUCGGAACUGGAGCGAACCGCUACUUCACCAUCCAGUCCCAGAACGGAGGAAGCUACACCAUUUGCUCCUCCCGCACCUAUGCGUGGCCGCAGCAAAACUCAACUACCAGUUCCUCGGGAACCACCAUUGAUCAGAGUUGCACUCAGAUAAGUGGAAAUAGUUACAGUUACGAUCUUUCGAGCGCAUGCAAUGGGUACUACACCAUCACCCAGUGUCCGGACUUGUACGUGUCCGUGCAAGCCACCUCGAACACCACAUCCUGCACACAGGAUGCCUGCCAGACCCCCGACCAGUGGCGGUACAUCAUGUCGAUGGUCAACAUGGGCUGCUACAGCGGAGUCUCUGGCCUAGCGGCCAGCCUGCUGACCAUCCUGCUCGCCCUGUCGGUUCACAGGUUGAUUCAGUGAUCGGAGGCUAGUGUAUGGUAGUUAUAGUGGUGCAGCGGCAGAGUCCGAAGCGCACCUUCCCGUCCCCCAGCACAAGAACUAUUUGUCGUUUAACAUUAAUCUUAUACUUCUUCUUAAAUAAGCUGUAUGUUCCAGAGAAACAGUCCUGAAUAAACUUCCCCAUUCUAA